AUGACGCUCUCUUGGUGCAACAAUAAUUACAUUUCUGCUAAUGCUGUGAAACAAGGGUACAAGGAUGGAGAAGAAAAAGGUCUCUGUUGGAGCUUUGAAGGAAAAAGAGUUAGUGAUGCAGUAAACAAAAAUAUGACAUCACAUAUUGUGACAUUUGUUAAAGGCUGGAAUCCAGCAUACAAUGACAUCACCGUAUUGAAUUGUGCAAUGGCAAGAUAUUUUUUAACCAAGAAGCAGCAGCAAUCUGCUAUAAGCAAGAACAAGUAUGAGGGUGAAAAGAGAAAAAGAGCUCUGUAUGAAAGGAAAAAGGAGAAAGCAAAAAGAAGACUAGUAGCACUUGAAAAUCAUGAUAUUAGCGCAGUAAAAAAGGCCAAAAUUACAGAGGCUUUAAAGCCAAUGUACAUGUCCUCAGAUGAAGAAGGCCAAGAGGGUUUUAUAACCCAUCAACCCUCUUGGCAGUCGCCCAAGUUCAAAGAGUAUAAAGCCAAAUUGGAUGGAGCAUAUUUAGAUAUAUGCUCCACCAAGAGCAGAAGACUUUUGCAGACCAGAGUCAUAGGGGACAUGAACAAUAAAGAGACCCCAGAUGUGGGGGAUAACUUGAAGUGGAUGAUCAAAUAAUAAUUAAAAAACAAAU